UCACUCUCUCGCUCUCUAGCCGCAGGUGACAUUCCUUCAUAUUUGACAUUUGAAGCAUUCUUUUUUUUUCUUUUGUUGAAAAAAAUCACAAAAUCGACGAAAUUUUACACAAAAGAAGCCAACAAAAGCUUAUAAUAUAUAUAAAAAUAGCUUGCCGUUCUUUGGAAGACAAAUUAAGGAGAUCUCGAAAAUUAUCCAUUGGCAUAUGGUCAAAUCAACUUGAAAUAAACAAAAGAACUCGGCAGGUGCUUUUUUAAGGAAAAAAAUUCUACACAAGAUCAAGAUUUGUUCAAAAUUUUCCAGAACAAAAAUAGAAAAGUAAUGCAACAGAAUGUCUUCCAAUAAAAAUAAAAAUGAACUCAAGAAAUUGUCCGAAGAGUCUUUGCUACAGCCACCGGAAAAGGUUUUCGAUAUCAUCUGUAAAUUGGGAGAGGGCAGCUAUGGUUCGGUCUACAAGGCCCUGCAUAAGGAGAGCAGCAGUAUUGUGGCCAUUAAAUUAGUACCCGUCGAAUCCGAUCUGCACGAUAUUAUCAAAGAAAUCUCAAUAAUGCAACAGUGCGACUCUCCCUAUGUGGUGCGUUAUUAUGGCUCAUAUUUUAAGCAAUAUGAUCUGUGGAUCUGUAUGGAAUACUGUGGUGCUGGUAGUGUUUCGGAUAUAAUGAGGCUGCGUAAGAAGACGUUAACGGAAGAUGAAAUCUCUACAAUAUUGUCGGACACAUUGAAGGGACUGGUGUAUCUGCAUUUGCGGCGGAAGAUACAUCGUGACAUAAAGGCUGGCAAUAUAUUGCUCAACACAGAGGGAUAUGCAAAGUUGGCUGAUUUUGGGGUGGCUGGACAGUUGACGGAUACCAUGGCUAAGCGGAACACAGUGAUUGGCACCCCGUUUUGGAUGGCCCCCGAAGUGAUUGAGGAAAUUGGUUAUGACUGCGUUGCCGAUAUAUGGUCUUUGGGCAUUACUGCUUUGGAAAUGGCCGAGGGCAAGCCACCGUAUGGCGAUAUACAUCCCAUGCGUGCUAUUUUCAUGAUACCACAAAAACCACCACCAUCUUUUCGCGAACCUGAUCGCUGGAGCACUGAAUUUAUAGAUUUUGUGAGUCUUUGUUUGGUGAAAAACCCUGAAGAACGUGCCACUGCCUCCGACUUGCUGGAGCAUGAAUUCAUACGCAAUGCCAAACAUCGUAGUAUCCUAAAGACAAUGAUUGAGGAAACAUGUGCCAUACGCGAACAGCAAAGAAAUUCAAAGGCUUCUGGUGGCUCGGUUCAGGGUAUGAGUCAGGCGAAGAGUUUGGCCACCCAACAGGAUGAUAUACUGGCAGAAGAAGAGCAUGGCGGAGAGUUCCCGGUGGAAACGGUCAAGACAUUUAUUGAUGAUCCGGGUACCUUGGUGCCGGAGAAGUUCGGGGAAUAUCAACAGACCUCAAAUGCUUCGGAUGCCACAAUGAUUGCUCAUACAGAAGAUAUGGGUACACUGUGUCCCGGCAAGGGUGGCAUGGCGGCAAACAAAUCACAAGAUACGGGAGAUAUGACGGCUGUGGACAGUGGUACAAUGGUGGAAUUGGAAUCAAAUUUAGGCACCAUGGUAAUAAACUCCGAUUCGGAUGACUCGUCCACGGCCAAACGUAAUGAGGGAAAUAAACCACGUUAUCGUCCCCAGUUCCUGGAUCAUUUCGAAAGGAAAAAUCCCGAUAUUCAGCAACGUUCUGUGGCCGAGGACAAAGCCGCUGAAUAUUCGCCGGCAGCAGCUGCAUUGGCUGCGGCAGCCAUUUCCAACUCCCAACAAAACAACCACAAUCAACCUCAACAGUCCCACAGUCACACACCGCUAACCAAUGCCAAUUCCAAUGAUACAAAUUGGGAAAAUAAUAUGGAGAAACAGUUUCAACAAAUCUCGGCCAUUAAUCAAUACGGUUUGCAGCAGCACCAGCAACAUUUACAGAUGCAACAACAGCAACAGCAAGCGGCCGCCGCAGCUGCGUAUUAUGGCUGCAAUCCCUUGAUCAAUGAACAGCAACAACAUUUAUUAGCUUUAAAUCAACAGCAGCAGCAACAACAACAGCAAUAUGUGCAACCGCCACCUGCCUACUCCCAACAACAACAACAGCAACAACCCCAUCCCGGCCAACAGCAACAUCAUCAUCAUCAUUUACACACCUCAUCCCACUCCUAUGUGGAUGGUGAAUUUGAGUUCUUGAAAUUCCUUACCUUUGACGAUUUGAAUCAACGUCUCAACAAUAUUGAUUCGGAAAUGGAAAAAGAAAUUGAGGAGCUCAACAAGAAGUAUAAUGCCAAGCGCCAACCAAUUGUCGAUGCAAUGAAUGCCAAACGCAAACGUCAACAGAAUAUUAAUAAUAAUUUAAUUAAAAUUUAAUGUUAAACAAUAACAACAACAAAGAGAAUUUAGCGCUCACCCAACGCAACAUAGAAGUAGCAGCAACAACAACAAGAAAGCCACGAAAAACAGACACAAAACAUACAACAAAAACUUUCCCCACCUGUCCCCUGCCUUCCUUCCUUCCUGGGAAAAAUACAUUUCCUUAUUUUCAAUGGAACGUUGUCGCUGCCAUUGUUUUAAACAUUUGGUGUGUCAAUGUUGUUGUUGUUGUUCAAGAAAGUAUUGGUGCUGUUUGGUUGAGAGGCGUCAGUGGCUACGUGAGUGCGUGGGAUCGAUCAAUAAUGAUGACGAUGAUGAUGAUUAUGAUGAUGAGGAGGAGGGAAAACCCAUUAAUGCAAACUCUAAUGAACAAAAAACAUUUUGGUUUAUAAAUCUGUGUUUUUUAUCGUUUCGUUUGUCUUUAGUUAAAUAUGGAGUUUAGUUAAGUAUUUUGUUUUAAUGUAUUAACUAAAUACGUAUGUGUAGAUGGAUGGGAGGGGGAGCCGUUUCGUAUUAUGGGGGAAAGAAUAACUUUCUGCGAAAAUUUGAAAUGAAAAACGUCUACAAUUUAAAGAAAUUUUUAUUUCAUCUUCUUUUUUUAAUUUGAAUCUCAGUUGUGCUCCUUUGCUUCCUUUUUUCUCUCCCUCUCUCUCUCACUCUCUGUUAUGGGUUUGCAAAUUAAUAGAUCAUGCCUUCAAACAAACAAAACUCUGUGCUCAUAAUAAAAAAACAACAACAUAAAUAAUAUUAAAAGCUUUACAUCAACUUUUUAUACAUUUAUAAAAUUUAAUAUAAGUAACCAGGACACUCAUUAGAGAUUUUUUUUAGAAAUUUAUUAGAUCUUUUAUAAAUCAUAUCAGCUCAAAAUAUAUUCGAAUCUUUAGUUAUAAAAAAACAUAGAUUUUAUUUAAAAAACAAAUUAUAUACAAACAAACAUAUAUAAAAAAUGCCUGCCAAAAAUGUAAGUGGAACAUAAACCACUCCUUAUUUUUUUCUUCCAAAAUCUCUAAAAUUCAGCCAUAAGUUCCCUCCUUAAUUCACAAAACAAAAAAGCAAAGCAAUACAAAUGAAAAAAGAACGACUCAUAAUAUACGAAAAAAAUAUAUAUACACUCUUAGAUAUAUAUUUAUAGAAAUUAAAAAUAAAAUGUUAUAUAAAUUUCGAAGGGAAAUAAUUAUUUUAACUAAUUGGAUAGUAACACAAAAUAAAUAAAAUAUUUUUUAUACCUUUGCCAUUGAAGAAGCAACACCAAUCUUUACUCACAUACACACACACCCCAUAUAUACAUUUUUUUCUUGUAAUAAUACACAUUUAUAUACCACACAAACCCAUAAACAUUUAAUAAUAAUAACGAAAAGAUUUCAAUCUUUUAUAACAUGAA